CCCAUUGCGCAUGCCCUUUCGACGUUUUCGCCGGUCAAGAUGGCGACUCAUCUGUUGAAGGUCACGAAUGCACUCACGAAAGUGUUGCCGAAGACAUCAAGGGUACAAUAUGCUUUCUUCACCAACAAGCGAUGGAUGUCAGCAAAGGCAGCAACCUAUGAACAGACAAUAUUAAAUGUUCCAGAAACAAGGGUGACAACUCUUGACAAUGGUCUCCGAGUGGCAACUGAAGACUCUGGAAUUCCAACAUGUACUGUUGGAUUGUGGAUAGAUGCUGGAAGCAGGUUUGAAAAUCAGAGGAACAAUGGGGUUGCUCAUUUCCUUGAACACAUGGCAUUUAAGGGAACACAGAAGCGAUCACAGACCGACCUUGAACUGGAAGUGGAGAACAUGGGAGCUCAUCUCAAUGCUUACACCUCUCGUGAACAGACAGUAUAUUAUGCCAAAUGUUUCUCACAAGACAUGAACAAGGCUGUGGACAUUUUGUCUGACAUCAUUCAGAACAGCACUCUGGGAGAGCAGGAAAUUGAGAGAGAAAGGGGCGUCAUCCUCAGGGAAAUGCAGGAAGUGGAAACCAACCUCCAGGAAGUUGUGUUUGACCACCUGCACGCCACUGCCUACCAGGGAACAGCUCUCGGCAGAACCAUCCUCGGGCCCACAGAGAACAUUCAAUCCAUCAAGCGUGGGGACCUUGUUGAGUACAUCAAUUCUCACUACAAAGGACCUCGCAUUGUGCUGGCAGCUGCAGGAGGUGUAAACCAUGAUUCACUGGUCAACAUCGCUAAACAACAUUUCGGCUCCAUCGGCACAAAUUAUGAGGGAGAAAUUCCUCUACUGCCCCCAUGCAGAUUCACCGGCAGUGAGAUUCUUGUUCGAGAUGACAGUAUGCCCCUGGCCCAUGUAGCCUUAGCUGUUGAAGGCUGCGGGUGGUCCAAUCCAGACAACAUCGCCCUCAUGGUGGCCAACACUCUCAUCGGCAGCUGGGACAGAUCCUUUGGAGGCGGUGCCAACCUUGCCAGCCCCCUAGCUGCCAACAGCGCAUCAGCAAACCUGUGUCAUAGUUUCCAGUCUUUUAACACCUGCUACACUGACACUGGACUGUGGGGUCUGUACUAUGUUUGUGAGCGCACACAAAUUGAGGAUAUGCUCUUCAAUGUACAGGGAGAAUGGAUGAGGCUGUGUUCAAAUGUGACAGACUCUGAGGUGGACAGGGCAAAGAACCUGCUGAAGACCAACAUGCUCCUCCAGCUGGACGGCUCCACACCCAUCUGUGAGGACAUCGGGAGACAAAUGCUGUGCUAUGACAGGAGGAUACCACUUCCAGAGUUGGAAGCCAGGAUAGAGGCCGUCAAUGCCAAAGUGGUGCGUGAUGUGUGCAUGAAGUACAUCUAUGACAAGUGUCCUGCCGUCGCUGCUGUUGGACCUAUUGAACAACUGCCGGACUACAACCGUAUCCGAGCUGCCAUGUACUGGCUGAGGUUAUAAUGCUGUAGCUGUAGGAGAAGCGACAUGAACUUUAUCAGUGGUCUGUUCCCAUGGACAGAGAAUGGAACUGUGUUUGUGCGAGAUGGACAUUAUGUUUAUGUGAAUAUUAACUUCUUUUCAUCUGUGAAUAGCUGUGCGUGCUUCUGACAUCUCGUUGAAAAAAAAGAUGUUUAUAAAACUUAUCCUGAAAACCUGUGGUUAGAAGUUUCAAAUGUGUUCAGAGGAAUGCAUCAAGGGGUGAUCAACACAACCUUGGUUUCUUAGGAUAAUAAAAUUCAAGAUAUACAA